GUAUCGACUCGAUUGGGUGUAGUUCGGGCAGAUCUGUGCCAAAUCGCCCUCAAUGUGCCCCUCUUUAUUGCGGUUACAUACAACGGAGACGAACUAGCAAUGGAGGAUGUUUACAUUUCAUGGAAGGACACAAUCGAUCCUGCGCCCUGUGCAACUCUAAUCCGAAGGACUAUAUGCUCUACAGUCGCGACCCGAGGCAGUUUUCAUUUCAUCAAAUAAUGUUUUUCCGUGACACCAAUUACUAUUGAAGAAAGCCUCUCGCGGAAUCCAAUUACUAUUGAAGCCGACAUCCUGUUGAACCGCAUCCGAAACCUGUUACCAGUUACCAUUAUUUGAGCACCAAAAGUAAACUGUUUUGCAGCUUCUCAUACGUGACUCAUCGCCAAAAGGAAUCUUUGGUUGUGCAAAGUGGGCUCGAACAUAUCGCGGAAAAUCGAAUACGAUGUAUUCUUAGAAUAAGAUAUAACCCCGUGCAUUCCGGAAAUUGCGUAAAGUAGCGGCGGUAAGCAAUAGGACUACGGUUGAGCUAUUGACAAACGUACGAACGAAUCAUUGCGACCACUCGUGCCCUGAACUUUGGCCGAAGUGGGACAGUUCGAUCGUACAACGGUGACCGACCAUCACAUGACGUACCCGUGAUGCCGAUGCCAAGCCAAGACUGAAGCCGGGACGCAUUCGUUAUCAAGAUUGAAUUGGUUGAAACCUACGAGAUAAAAUCUACAGCUGCAGCAAAAUAGUGAGAACAAAAUCCUUCAUAGUGCUCAACGCAUGAACAUAUUUAAUGUCCACUUUCAUCGAUCGCCGGGUAUGACGGUGGUCAUACCGCCUUUAUCAUCACUGUCAAUGUAUUCGUCACCAACUUCGUUAUCACAGAGAAGAAACCAACGUCCAAGUACGUUACCCUGUGAUUAAACGUUUGCCUACUUCGCCGUCGCAGCAGUGUACCGGGAAGGAAUUCUUGCGUGCCAUCGUUCGACUCAGUCUGUACUAUGUACUUUAUGGCUCGGAAAGGAGUCGUUGCAGUGCAUAAGCGAUAACUCUUGAAAAGGCUUCGGUUGAAAGGUGAUCGUUCGGUGACUGCUAAGAGCCGGGGCGGUUUAAUCAUGUUACUAUGUCGCUGACAAUGAUCACCAUUAUACAUUGUCUUGCAAUUGGAAUCCUGAUAUUUUGGUUCGGAAAAUGGAUUAUACACCUCACGGCCAUAACGUACGGAAAGGUCAAGCUGCACAAGAAAGCAUCCCAGCAGCCGCGUGAAACGCCGUAUCCGUCGGUUUCAAUCCUGAAACCUUUGAUGGGCGUAGAUCCGAACCUGCAGAGCAACUUGGAGACGUUCUUCCUCAUGGAUUACCCGACCUACGAGCUGCUGUUUUGCAUCGAAUCCGAAGACGAUCCCGCAAUCGACGUGGUUAAUCGGUUAUGUGAUAAAUAUCCCAGCAUAGAGACCAGCCUGCUCGUCGGUGGUUCGAAUGUUGGCGUCAAUCCAAAGAUUAACAACCUCUACCCGGGCUAUCUGGUGGCCCGCUAUGAGCUGAUAAUGAUUUCAGACGCGGGCAUACGAAUGAAAAGCGACACGCUAACGGAUAUGGUGAACCACAUGACGGAGCAUGUGGGUUUGGUGCAUCAGAUGCCUUUCGUUUGCGACCGAGAGGGAUUCGCGGCUGCCUUCGAGAAGAUCUACUUCGGGACGGUGCAAUCGAGGAUUUAUCUGUGCGCCGAUCUACUAGGCAUCAACUGCCACACUGGAAUGUCGUGCUUGAUGCGCAAAGACGUCUUGGACCAACUGGGAGGCGUGCAAGCAUUCGGGUGCUAUUUGGCUGAAGAUUUUUUUCUUGCCAAGGCGUUCCACGAAAACGGAUGGAAAUUGACGAUCAGCAGCCAGCCGGCUUGGCAGAACUCCGGCAUUUGUGAUAUUAGUAGCUUUCAGGCACGACUGACCCGAUGGGCCAAGCUGCGUGUGGCAAUGGUGCCGACGACCAUUUUGCUAGAACCAAUGUCGGAGUGUAUCAUCGUUGGCAUGUUUGCGUGUGGUGCGGCCAAAGUGCUCUUUCGUUGGAAUCCACUGGUGUUUUUCCUCAUCCAUACGCUGGUAUGGUUCCUGUCCGAUUGGGUUCUUCUAUCCAUCAUACAGAAUGGCGCAUUACCGUUCAACAAAUUUACGUUUCUGGUCGGUUGGGCCUUUCGUGAAAUUAGCGGCCCGUAUCUGUUUUUCAAUGCACUUUGGAAUCCUGCCAUCAGAUGGCGAACCCGCGUUUACAAGCUGGCCUGGGGCGGAAUCGCGUACGAACUUACUUCUCAAAUCAAAUCGUAAGGUUAGCUGCUCGAUGCAAACAAAUUACCAUGUUCUGUCUUUCACGCCCCCCUCAACAUGUUUCACCCAUUUCGCUGCUAUUUAUCGUCCCACUUCUUUUAAUUGUUUUCGUUUCGAGCACAAAACACCCCAUGGAACGUUACGACUGAAUAAAAGUUGCCGAUCAUCUAUUUCGGCGCUGUUCAUAAAGUCGGAAGCCGGUCACCACGUAUCAUCCGUCGUUGAUAUGCUAUGAUGUUUUAUAGUUUUAGAAUGUUUUGUUUGGCAUUUGCUGUUUGGUUUUAGUAAUCUAGUGCUUUAUAUUUAUAAUGCAACAAGCAAAUGCUCGGUUUACGAACCCAACGUAUUCAACGCCAGAUCUAAAUGGUGUACCUUAAAGUUUCCGCCAAUGUUUUUCCCAUUGCACGAACACAUUCGCUUCUUCAUAUGAACAUUCAAAUAAAGCGGAAAUUGAUUUUUUUUUGUCGAUUGUCCCACUGUAAAUAAUAUUUAUAAACCAUGCGAAAACUAUUGAGUAAGUUGAAUCUUCUUUACGACAAAAACAUGAAAAUGAAAAGAAAGGAGAAUGAACAUGAAUGGAGA